AUGAAACCAACUCAGCUCUUCACUCUCGUCGCAGUGUUCUCACCAGCCACUCUUGCUUGUCUUGAGCAUCUGAUGCAAGAGCGGGCACCAGACCCCAGUGAUAUGGUCCGAAGACAAAAGCCUGCGCCAAGACUGAAGACUGCUAUCAAAAAUGUUCGCGUAUUCGAUGGUGUCAAGCUCACUGGCCCUCAAACUGUCAUCAUCGACGGCGAGUAUAUUAGCAAUGACGCGAGCAAUAUCGAAACUACAGUUAAUGGCAACGGAGGUGUCUUGAUCCCUGGUUUGAUUGAUAGCCAUGUUCAUAUAUCCAGCAUUGCUGGGCUAGAGAUUCUGGCUUCUUAUGGAGUCACUACAGCCCUCAACAUGGCAUGUCGAAAUUAUACCCAAUGCGCCCCUCUCCGCAACGUGGACGGCGUAGCCUCGUUCAUCUCAGCUGGUAUACCAGCUACUGGACCCGGCAGCCAACACUCCAAGACUUUCAAUCUUACAGCACCUUACCUCAUCUAUCCCGACCAAAAUGCUACUGAGAUCGUAUCUUACACCUUUGGCAACAACUCCGACUUUUAUAAGAUCACGGCUGAGAUCAACGGUCCCAGCCAGAGCAUGCAGAAUGCUCUCGUUGACGCUGUUCACAACCUUGGCAAAUUGUCCAUGACCCAUGCUUCCGAUCUCAAUGCCUGGGCACAGGCUGCUAUGUCGGGCACGAAUGGCAUCCAGCAUAUUCCUACAAAUGGCCGCAUUAACGCGUCCAAUAUCCUGACGGUUCGCAAAUCUUCCACCACUUGGAGCACUCCGACGAUGAACAUUGCUCGAUAUGCCUUCUCUAAUGUGGAAUUAUUAACCUUUACAGGCCACAAAGUUGGUGGGCCAGACAGCUAUCAAAAUGUUUACGACAACGUCAAAGCUAUUCACGCUGCCGGCAUACCCAUAUUAGCUGGCACAGAUGCCGUUGGGGCUAUUAACGCCAAUAUCUCCAUCCCGUGGGGAUUGAGUUUACACUUUGAAUUGGAAAAUCUUGUCGAGGCGGGAUUGACCACAGUAGAAGCUCUCAGGGCAGCCACCAUAAUCCCUGCUGAGCAUCACCAGUUGACAGACCGCGGCCAGAUUGCACCUGGUAUGCGGGCAGAUUUGGUAUUACUCAACAGCAACCCGCUGGUCGACAUUUCCAACACCAGAGAUAUUACAAGGCUAACUUUACUGACGACGACGGCCCAUCCAAUAGCCCUAGCUCUGGCUCCGGAUCACCCAACAGUGCAACUGCAUCUGCUGCACUGA